CUUUGAGUUGGUGCAAGUGUCUUGCGCUCGAAAGACUGAAGUCGAAAGUUCGAGAAAUCGACGUUCGAUUCUGUCUAUUUAUGCUCCCUUCUUUCCGGUUUGCAUCGACGCACGAGCAGACAGUAAAAAUGGAAAACGACGCAGGAGAAUUCGUUGACUUGUACUGCCCAAGGAAAUGCUCUGCGAGCAACCGUAUCAUCCACGCCAAGGAUCAUGCUUCUAUCCAAAUGGCAUUAGCUGAUGUUGACCCAACCACGGGACGCAUGACAGACACCUACAAAAUGUAUGCUAUCUGUGGAGCUAUCCGUCGCAUGGGUGAAUCUGAUGACUGCAUUGUUCGUCUUGGAAAGAAAGAUGGAAUUUUGGCGAAAAACUAUUAAUUUAAAGAAAUGAAAAAAUAAAUUUUUUAAAAAUA